UUUCCGUCUCCUCUGCAAAGACUGGAGCUCCCGCGCUGCAGAAGCGCCCGCCUAGCCGGCGCGUCUCCGCUGGUCGUGCGCGAUGUCUUAUCGAUUGUGGCGCCAAGACCCAAAGAAUUACGCUUGUGCCCUCCUCGUGCACUGACGCGUGCAAGAAAAUUAUUGAACACCACUCGCAAGAAUGGCAGAAAAACGAGCACACGACGGCGAGGCAAGCAGAUCGGUGAAGAAGCAGAAGAAGGGGUUCCAGAUCGGACCGGCCAACCUGCCUGAUGGCACGCACAGGCGCAAAGUGAAAAAGAUCAAGGAGGACAUCAUCUACAAAUCCAAGCUCAAGAAGCAGUAUGCCAAGCUCAAAGCACGGGAGGCAGACGAAGCGGAUGCGCCGCGCAAGUCUGUUUACGAGCGUGAAGCUGAAGCCAACCCCGACAACGAUGAGCCCGUCGAGAUUAUUCCAGAACCCACGCUCGAACCGCACCCCGAGCGGGUGAAGAUGCUCGAAGAGCCUGAGAAGGAGACUCCGAAUUUCGAGCGGCGGCAAAGGCGGGCGCGCCCGCAGCCCUAUGAGAAGGAGGCUGAGAUGGCACGCAAAAAGCAAGAACAGACGGAGGCACGGGAGAAAGCACGGGCAGAGGCAGACAAAGAACGUACGAAGAAGAUAGCGGAGCGUGAGCGCUUCAGGAAGGCCAUGGCCAAGGCGAGGGGAGGCCCGAACGGGCAGAGAAAGCUGGGACGAGAGAGCCAGGUUCUGCUGGAGAAGGCACAGAGGCUCAUGGGCAAAUCGUGAUGAGCAAUAUCGGACGCGCCAAUCUGGGAUCUAGCAACAUACGACGCAAGUUGCCCCAGUAGGAAGCCACACGCGUGUGCAGUUGCACCAAGGCUGUGCCCCGCUUUCAUGAACUGAAGACGAUAGUAUGCGUCUUCACGUCUCCAGCACUAUCGUGCGGGGCCUAGAACGAACGCAUGGACGGAGCCAAAUUUGGUGUGCGAGCAUGGUAGCACGACCGUCACCGCUCUGUCCUGCGCCUCGGCAGCUCCUGCC